AUGACUGGGACAAGCUCAACUCAUUCCGCAAAUCAUAAUCAACAUCCUCAUGUUCAUGGAACAUCAAAUUCACUCGAGGAGGAAAUGUAUGCCAUGAUCAAAAGAUUUAUGUCCGAAUUUAAGAGAAUUGAAAAUUAUUUGAGUUUGAAUUUAAAAGAUUCUCAAUUUCAAGAAUUUGUGGAAUGGAGUGAAUUUAAAAAUUUGGUUCAGACGAAGGGAAUUGCAUUCCUAAAUUCGAUCGCAGAGUUGAAACCAUUUAGUCACACGAGUUUUGUGGAAUCUCUCACUGAAAUGAAUAUUCCUAGAAUCACUGUCAAGCAAUGCAAAUUAAUCAAAAAUAUGAUGUUGAAGAAUAACAGUUUGUGGAAUACGCUUCUAUCAAAAUCAAACUACACAGUGAGUUUAUCAAACAAUCAAUAUCUACUUGGCAAUGAGGCAACAUCCUCAAAUAAUGGUGGAGUUCAAUUUUUUAAAUAUGACAUUGUCUUUCCCUAUCCAAAGAGUGCUGUCAUUAACACCCUUCUAAGCACGAAAAUGCGUUUCAAGUUUGACAAGAACACCAAAGUGCUCUCAAAAAUUGAUUACCAACAAAGACAAGAUGAAGAACAUUUAGCGACAUGUAUCACACAGGAAGUGUAUGCAUUUCCUUUUCCUUUUCAGGCAAGAGAAUUUGUUCUUGCAUGCUCAAUGGUGAAUGACAGCACUGAUCAGUGCACCAUGUUAUGUGUGAGAUCAUGUGAAAGUGACAAGGCAGCCCCAUUGAAAAGAACUGUAUUUGCAGUGAAUAUUGGAGGAUGGAUAUUUCAAGAUUUACCUGGAUCACAAUGCAGAUUUAUACAAUUUGUAGGCGCUGAAUUUAAAGGCAUACUUCCAAAAUCACUUGUCACAAAAAGUGUUUCAAAAAGAGCUAGAUAUUAUUAUGCUGAUACCUUAAAACUGUUUGAGGCGAAUAGCAAAGAGGGAUUUCCAGAACCUACCGACGAUCCGAUAUUUGAGAGUUUUAUGAACACUCUCAAAGAAAACGGAACUAUUGCUUUGUAG